AGCCCGUCAGCCCGGCGACGCGCGCAUGGAGGCCGGCUGAGGAGCGCCGCCGCCUCUCUCGGUACGCCGUGGCCUGACCGGGCGGGCGGGCGGGCCGGGGCUCCUCGCGCCUCGACGGCGCGGGCGGGAGGGCGCGGGCUGCAGGUGGGGACUGCGAAGACCAGGGUAUCCGGAGCUCACCGGGUCGGGCUGACCCAGGACGGUGUAGAUGCUCCUGGGCUCUGCUCCUGGGCUCGGGAGUCCCCGAGAGGACCCCGGAGGCUCAGAAGCGCCCUCGCUGGCUUUGGGACGUCAAGAGCUUCUUUAGAAGUGGGGACAGUCUCCAAGCUUUCGUGCUCCCCAAGCGGAGGGGCUGGAGGUCCGCUGGUCUUGUGCGACGCAGCUGUCCCUGGGCCUCCUUGUCUGUCUUGUCGCCCUAGGAAGACUCAUCUUGCGGUGGCCGUGGUACUGGGGGCAGGAUGCCAGCAGGGCUCUGGCACAGUGGACUGCUAGCCGGGAGCCUGCAGGCUCCUCCGGGGCAUCUCCAGGUGGACAGAAACCAGGUCCCCGGGAGAGCUGGCCAGGCUUCUUCACCUCGGGUUUGUUUCCUCUUCCGGCCCUCAGCUCUGCCACACUUAGGCAUCCUACAUCAAUCAGGAAGCUGCUGUCCAGCCAUGGAGGGAGAGGAGAAGCCAGCUCAAGAGGCUGACGUGGAACCUGUGGUAACAGCAGGCACCUCAGAAGCAGUGCCAAGGGUGCUUGCUGGAGACCCUCAGAACAUCUCUGAUGUGGAUGCCUUCAACUUGCUCCUGGAGAUGAAACUGAAACGACGGCGUGAACGCCCCAACCUUCCACGUACAGUGACCCAGCUAGUGGCCGAGGAUGGGAGCAGGGUGUAUGUGGUGGGCACUGCUCACUUCAGUGAUGAUAGCAAGAGAGAUGUAGUAAAGACUAUCCGGGAGGUGCAACCGGAUGUGGUCGUGGUGGAGCUCUGUCAGUACCGGGUGUCCAUGCUCAAGAUGGACGAGAGGACGCUGCUGCGAGAGGCCAAGGAGGUCAGCCUGGAGAAGCUGCAGCAGGCUGUCAGGCAGAAUGGGCUUAUGUCUGGACUCAUGCAGAUGUUGCUGCUGAAGGUGUCUGCUCACAUCACUGAGCAGCUGGGCAUGGCCCCUGGUGGCGAGUUCAGGGAGGCCUUCAAAGAGGCCAGCAAGGUACCAUUCUGCAAAUUCCACCUGGGUGACCGACCAAUCCCAGUCACCUUUAAGAGGGCCAUUGCUGCACUCUCCUUCUGGCAGAAAGUCAAGCUGGCCUGGGGCCUGUGCUUCCUGUCAGACCCAAUCAGCAAAGACGACGUGGAGCGCUGCAAACAGAAGGACCUGUUGGAGCAGAUGAUGGCCGAGAUGAUUGGGGAGUUUCCUGACCUGCAUCGCACCAUUGUCUCAGAGCGUGACGUCUAUCUGACCUAUAUGCUGCGGCAGGCCGCACGGCGCCUUGAGCUUCCCCGCGCCUCUGAUGCUGAGCCCAGGAAGUGUGUCCCGUCUGUGGUUGUGGGCGUCGUUGGCAUGGGGCAUGUGCCUGGCAUUGAGAAGAACUGGAGUACCGACCUCAACAUCCAGGAGAUCAUGACAGUCCCCCCACCGUCCAUCUCAGGCAGAGUGUCCCGGGUGGCUGUGAAGGCGGCCUUCUUUGGUCUCCUGGGCUAUAGCCUGUACUGGAUGGGCCGUCGGACCCUGAACCUGGUCCUGUCACUGCCUGCUGCACAGUUCUGCCUCCAGAGGGUGAGCGAAGCCCGGCCAGGCCGGUAGGAGGACCGUGCAAGGAAGAGACUGCACCUGGGGGCUCUGCUCUGCGCCGAGUGGGGUGCUCACGAGGAGCUGGCGCCGCCCGUCUGGGGAUGUCCCUGGGGACAGAUGCAUCCAAGCCACCCCCUAUGGGGGCCUAGGCCAGGCUUUCCCUGCCUUCCCAAUGCCCAGCCCACCCAAAUAAAGAAUAUUUAACUGUCUGAGCCCAGGCUUCCCAGCAGCCCACACACACACUGUGGGGCCACCUAUGGGCAUCAGGGCCAACCGCAGUGUCAGGACCCAGCGGCCUAGUUCCAAAAGGACCAGAAACUGAGGGGGAGGCACUGAGACACCCCACCCUUAACCCCAGGUGGGUUUGGCAAGCUGUUGCUCUACCUACCUCACUGUGCCUUGUGCUCUGGCCGGCAGGAGCAUCUGGGCCUGAGUGCAUCUCACUGUGGGUUUGGGGCUGAGUGGCCAUGCACCUCCCUCCUGGGUGUGUGGGGCCUGGCCUGGCCUGGACAUGCAUGUGGCAUUGCCAGCUGCAUCUCUGCCUGCAGAGAGUCUGGUUUUGUGGGGUUUUGUUUUCUGUUUUUGUUUUUGUUUUUUAAUGUCAAAAAGUUUUUUACUCAGGUAAUUUUGACGUCAAAGAGAAAACAAACUGAAGCAAAUAUCAGGAAAUACAAGCCUUAAAUCCAGUGAGGACAAAGAAGUCAUCUUUUUAUUUGUGUUUGUGUGCCCUGAGUGGGCAGUGUGUGUCAGAGUCGGCUUGGGGGUCCAGGCCAGCCCCUGCUAGACACCACUACAGCUCAGAGUGGCGUGGGGCUGCCUCAGAUAUGAGCCUGCAAGGCUGCCCUUGGUGUUGGUAGGACCUUAGCCUGAUUGCUGUGCAUUAGGUGAGAGGCCCAAACUGCACUGAGGGCAGUAGGCACCCACUAUGGGCCACGGCUGGUUUGUGUGCAGCCAGCCAUUCAUGUGUACAGGCUGUGGCUCCUAGUAUAUGGCACAGCCUGGCAAGACCUAGACCACAUUGAUUGUCCUUGUGUUGGCUGCCAAAUCAGGUGAGACACGGAGCUGGGUGGGGACACAGGGCUGGCUGGCUGUGUACUCUGUCUCACACUUGUGGACUCAUUCCCUAGAAAGAAAUAAAUUUUAAUUUUGGAA